AUGAUUAUGUCAUAUGUUUCUCUCCUUAUACUCGCUGGACCCUUGGGAAUUCAAAGCAUAACUACAGUCAGUAGAGUGUCGGUGAAGGCUGGAGAUUCAAUCUCCAUCCCAUGUCUCUAUGGCUCACAAUAUACAAACCAUGUGAAAUACUUGUGUUAUGGAUAUUAUUGGAUGACUUGCUCUACGGAAGUUACAACUGAAACACAAAGUAGAAAGUUUUCAAUCUCUGAUGAUAAAAUCCAAAGAAUCUUCACAGUGACUCUAAAGGACCUGACGAAUAACGACAGUGGUUAUUACUGGUGUGCUGUGGAGAUUGAUAAAGGGCCAGAUGUCAGAAAUCAUUUUAACCUGUCAGUCACCAAAGGUGUGCCAAGUCUAUAUGUGGACGAACAGGAAAUCAGAGCAUUUGAUAGAGGAAACGUGACUGUCAGGUGCCACUAUAGAUCUCCAGCAGAAGCAACGUGGUGCAGGCUGGGCGGGUCCUGUGUGACGAGUCAGACUGGAUCCAUUAAUGGAACAAGAGUGACCAUCAAUUCAAGUGUCCCAAAUGUUUUCGCUGUGACUAUGUAUGGACUGAGAAAAGAUAGCAGCGGCUGGUAUUCAUGUGUCAAAAAAAACCUUCAAGUGCCAGUGCAUGUAACUGUUCAAGACUUACCCUCAACCACAACUACUACAACCCGCCCCAAUACAGCAAGACCGUCUCCAGCUACUACCCAGCAUUCCUCUCUGCGUACAAGUGCAGAACCAUUUACAGCUCAUCCCUCAAACUCCACCAUAAACACGACAGACGGAGGAAGCCUGCAAGAACACAAGAGUUCCACAAAGGUUGCGAUUCUCACCACCACCCUCGUCUUACUGCUGCUGGUUGGUCCCGCUGCCUUUUUUGGAUGGAGGAUGAUGAUGAGACAUAAUAAGACCAAGCCUCAGGGGUCUAACAUCACUGUGGGCUCACACAUUGAGAGUGAUCCUAAUGAGCACUACGCUACCGUGGUUCAUACUCAACAUUCAGCAGCCCAGCAGCAGCAGAAGAAUUCACCCGAAGAGAGUGUGACAUACAGUACCAUUGUAAUCAAGGAUAGCGUGCAACAAAUGACUGAACCAGUAGAUGGUAGUGUGAUCUACAUCUGCUCACUCACCAACAUGGAAUCUCCUCUCAGAGUUCUUCUCAUCCUCACCGGACUCACAGGAAUUCACAGCAUAACUACAGUCAGUAGAGUGUCGGUGAAGGCUGGAGAUUCAAUCUCCAUCCCAUGUCUCUAUGGCUCACAAUAUACAAACAAUGUGAAAUACUUGUGUAAAGGAUAUUAUUGGUCCUCCUGCAAGUAUGCAGUUAAAACAAACCAACACAUUUCAAGAGAGUUUUCCAUCUCUGAUGAUCAAAUCAAAAGAAUCUUCAUAGUGACUGUAAAUGACCCGAUGGUUAAAGACACUGGUUAUUACUGGUGUGCUGUGGAGAUUAGCGGGUCAGAUGUCAGAGAGUAUUUUCACCUGUCAGUCACCACAGGUACACCCAGUCUCUACACGGAUCAGAAGAUAACAGGAUUUGAAGGAGAUAAUGUAACUAUCAAUUGCCACUAUAGUAACCUUGGUGAAAUGAGGUGGUGCAAGCUGGGCCGCUCCUGUGUGACGACUGGAUAUUCUGGAUCAAUAGAUGGAACAGGAGUUACCAUCGAUGCAAGUGUCCCCAAUGUUUUCACCGUGACGAUGAGCGGACUGAAGACAGAGAGCAGCGGCUGGUAUCAGUGUGUUAAAGGAGACUUACAGAUGCCUGUGCAUGUGACUGUCACUAAGCCACCUACCACAACAACAAGGAGUACCUUAUCACCCACGACUGAGCCUGUGAAACCCACCUCUGUUUUUGCAGAAAGAACACCGACACCGACCACAGGUCAGCGUGAACAGCACAGGGUUUCACUUGACUUAAAGAAAAUCCUCAUCCCUUUGAGCGUGUUGAUCUUCGCUGUCAUGGUGGCCUUGUUCAUCUGGUUCAUGUUGAAAAGACACAAGCAGACCAAAUCAGCAUCAUCAGCCAUGACGGCAGAAGAGGACGUAACAUACAGUAAUGUUGACCACAAAAGGACAACUUCAAAUCAGAGGUUAAAUGCUGAGAGAGAUGCGGACGUGACAUAUAGUUCUGUGGUUUCCAUGAGGCAGAAAAGUGUCCAAAGGGUUGAAGCACAUGAUGACAAUGUUACAUACAGUACAGUGGCUUACCACUAGUGCUUCUUAGCACACGUUACCCCUCUUUGCCUAAUUUAUCCUGUUCGUCAUACAUUUCAAAGAAGCUUUUUCCCUGUUUGUUUGUCUUGGGUGUUACUGUUGUAUUAUUUAGUAGCACGAAAGCUCACAUAAUUACGUUUUCCUGACACCUUGUGCGGGGUUUCCAUGUGUCCAAACAUCUCAAAUUCAUCUUGUCAAAUGUAUUUUUUUGUUUAUGUGUCAAAUUGCAAUGUGUCAAGCUCACUUACUGUACUGUAUCUCAUAAAAGUUCCUUCCAAAAUA